ACACGUUGUCUCACUUCUGGGUUUUUCCCAGUAAAGCUUUUGAUGUUGGAGAUGAAUAAUAACGCUAAAGGAAAUCAUAAAAGAGCCAGAGAGAGCUUGAGAAAGUCUCAGUCGACACUCUGAGGGACUCAGAACACACGACACCAGCCAAAUAACAACAGAUGUUUGGGUUUUUAACUGUGAAGUGACGUCAUUCAGACUAAAAGUGUAAGUUUAUUUCAUCAUCCUAACUACUUUAGAGACAGAUCGUAGUAUAUUUAUUGUCUUUUCAGAGAAGACAGAGAUUUUAAUCUUAAAUGUUUUUGAUGAUAUUGUUCAUCAGCACAUUUUAAGUUACUGUAAAAACCUCCAGAAGAGUCACGACGAAUGGAAACACACACAUAAUGAGGUUACAGUGGUCAGCGUCUUUACUCAAAGUUAAAAAAAAAUGUGUUAUAUUUUGGGUUGAUCUCUUGAUUAUGUGCAAACAGCAGCAGGUUUAAUGAGAGCAGCUUCUCAGCACAGUGACUUUGAACCUUUUGUGGUUCUGAAGUAGGGCACCCAGCUACUGGGUUCUAACGUUCAAAGUUUCUAGCGUUUGACAAAAUACCACCAAACUAGGUCACCGUCCUCUUUUAAGAUGUUUCAUUUGCGCAACAGAGAUCAUUACAGUCAGACGAGCGUCACAAAGCAAACGUGUGGGACUGUAUCUUGUUAGAAAAGCAUCAAAAAGGGCACGCAGCGACAGGACACGCCCAAAUGUCUCCUGUACAGAGAUGGCUGAGCUGCUGAGUCACACUGAGUGGGUUCUGAGAGAUGAAGAAGAUGAGCUGAGAUGAAUCCCGCCUCGACCUGUUGGAGAUUAUUUAUUAUACUUCUCUGUUUUUCCAUCCGGCGUCCUCCUCUGCUUCCUGCUGACUGUCAGCUCUUCAUCCCACUCGGAGACGUGACGGUGAAACCAGCUCCAGUCUUCCUCAUCGGCUCAAACCUGACCGUGUACUGCCACAUCCCAGAAUGCCAAAGGAGUUACGAGCUGUCCCUGGAGCUGAACGAUAAGCCUGCGUAUUCUGCCAAGAGAGUCAACUGCACCACGAUGAAACUCAGUCUGAACAACGUCCAGAUGCCUCGAUCUAAAGUCAUCUGCAAGCGAAUGAGACAUCAGAUAUCUGAGGUCGUCAACGGAGUGAACCUACGAGGCGGCUUCCCUCCAGAUAAACCAGAAAACAUCAACUGUGAAACCUCGAGGAGCUCAGAUGUUAUCGACUGCUCGUGUGAGAGCGGACAGAAAACUCACAUCAACACCUCCUACAGCGUUUCACUCACAAGAGACAACGGGAGCCAGAUACUGUUGAAACGGAUCCAGAAAGCUGGAGAAAUCACCGUACCGAGAGCAAUGAUCGAUGAAAACACUAAAUACUGGUUGGUUGUUUCUGCACACAACGAGCUGGGAGCGUCGCGGUCCGAUCCGUUCCUGCUGCGUGUCAGAGACAUCAUGAUACCGGAGACCCCUCACAUCCUGCGGAUAGAGUUUGGGAAUAACUCCAGAGGUGCCGUGUUGCUCUGGAGAACCUCUGAACCCUCGGAGACUCUCACAGCAGACGUCAGGCUCCGCUCAGAAAACGGCUCCUGGGAAAGCGGAGAGGGAACAGAAGUCGGAGGCGGUCUGAUCCACGUGGGCGGACUGAGGCCUCUGACUGGUUAUGAGUUCCAGAUGAGAACAUGCAGCUCGCCAUCAGGACCACCACGUAGCGCAACGCCCGGGUGGAGGUCGACCUGCAGCAGGUGGAGCACGUCUGUGGCGGGGAGAAGUCCUGGAAGAGGUCCAUCGGAGCAGCUGCAUGUGUGGAGGAAGUUUGGCGUGCUGGGGGCCGACGGGCGGCGGGCGGUGACGGUUUUAUGGAAGCCUCUGUCUCCAGAGGAUCACAGCGGUGCGGUGCAACAGUACAAGGUCUUUAUGGGAAAUAACCAGAAACAGGAAGAGUUCUCCUGUGGUGCUGCUUUGAGCCGGUGUGUAGUUCAGGUACCAGCAGACAUCCGGACACUAAGCAUCAGUGCUGUAACCUUGUACGGGACGUCUCCACCGGCUGACGUGCCGCUCAGAAACUCAGGUGAUGUUGGAGCUGUGUUGGGAGCGUUGGCAGCAGCUGAUGGCGGUGGUGUGUUUGUGUCCUGGUCAACAACUAGAGGAGAACCGCUGCACUACGUGGUGGAGUGGACCAGUGUUCCUUCAGGAGAGCUGCAGUGGCAGAAAGUAGCUAAAGAUCAGAACAGCACUUUGAUCACAGGUCUGGCUGCAGGUGUGAGGUACAACGUGUCUGUGUUUGCUGUGACCACCAGAGGAGUCAGCGCUCCAUCACACACUCUGCUCUACGCCCAGGAGAAGAAGCCGGUUUCUGGUCCCCGGGUGUCAGUUCUGGUCCACGAGGCCAGACGGGUCUGGAUCGAGUGGGACGAGCUGCCUGUCGACCAGCGGAGAGGAUUCAUCACAAACUACACCGUCUACCUCCAGACGCUCGACUCCAGAGGCACACAGCUUAGUGUGACGGUGUCUGGCUCCGCCCCCAGGCGGACGUGGCUGGACUGUCCUGAAGGAGCUCUGGCUCUGCAGAUGACGGCGUCCACCUCAGCAGGAGAAGGAGAGCGAGGGAACCGGGUCUGCUCUCAGCCCGACUCGCCUGCAGUGAGCCUGGUGAUUGUGUUUGUCUUCAUCAUUACCCUCUUCAUAGUGAUCAUAGCCAACCUGAUGUGCUGGAGCUGCGUGAGGGAAAGGAUCAAACAGAAGUGUAUUUCCUGGGGACCUGCCUGGCUUGAUGAAAAGUUACCAAAACCAGGAAACAGUAAUGCCAUCAGACUACUGGAGCAGCAGGACGGGAGCGAGCUGUCCUUCUCGUCCAGCCACAGCGACCCGCCGCUGUCGCCCAUCAGCCUGAUCUCUCAGGAGGAGAGAGACGACAUCUACCCCACCAUACACCUGGAGAUACCGGGACCCUCGGGACCCCCAGAGACCCCUCUGCUGAUGUCAGACCCCGGCACGGUUCUAGUCGACAGCCUGCUGGAACACGCCGGCUACAAACCCCAGAUUGUUACGUUGUCUCUGCACCCAGAGGAGGUGACGGAGACGGAGGAGGAGGUGUCCUCCAGUGGGGAGGAGGAGGACAGGUGUAUGUUUGGAGGAUUCCUGGGAGGCUUUCUGAGCGGCGUGGAGGUCUCUGACCCCCCUCUGGGGCUCACUCUCAGCUCCGUUAGCGGCCUUUUGUGGCCUAAAAGUCAUGAAAGUGACUUUAAUGGAAGACUGUUACUGGAGAGCCACGUGGAGGCAGAUUCUCCCUCUCUGGAGUCACAUCGGGGUGAAAUAAUGACUCCUGACUCAGCCGACUGUUGUUUGUCUCAGUUCACAGCUGAGACGACGCUGACGGCUGGUUAUUUCCCUCAAGUAGCUGCUGUGAGCAGCUCGGCACGCUGCGACACUCAGAGGUAGCAGAGAGGACAGCGACAGGACAAAGAGCACUACCAGACGGACUUUA